CCCUCCUCCUUCCUCUUCUCUACCGCCGUUCGUCUCACCGGCCAGCACAGCAGCAGCGCGAGGAUCCAUGGCGGGGGAGGCCAAGGAGCCGGAGGCGGCCGCCCAGGGCGAGGGGUCCAAGCCCAAGACCAAGGCCAAGAAGCCUAAGGCUGCGGCCGCGGCCGCCGAGGAGCGGGAGGGGGCCAAGGCCAACAAGGCCAAGAAGCCUAAGCCCGCGGCUGCGGCCGCCGAGGAGGGGGAGGGGUCCAAGGCCAAGAAGCCUGCGGCUGCGGCCGCGGCCGCGCCGGUGCCGGCGAUGGCGGAGGCGGAGGUGGAGGAGCUGCCCAAGGCCAUCGUGCGGCGGCUGGUCAAGGACAAGCUGGCCCGGGCCGCGUCCGGCGGCGAGGGGGCAGAGGGAGGGGCCGAGGUGAUUGUGAACAAGGACGCCAUGGCCGCCUUCGCCGAGAGCGCCCGCAUCUUCAUCCACUACCUCUCCGCCACGGCUAAUGAUGUGUGCAAGGACGGAAAGAGGCAGACGAUCAACGCCGAGGACGUCUUCAAGGCGCUCGAUGAGAUCGAGUUCCCCGAGUUUGUAGAGCCCCUGAGGACUGCUCUGGAAGAGUUCAGAAGCAGAAACGCAGCCCGGAAACCAGCAUCAGGCAAGAAGCAAUCUGAAAAUAAGAGGAAACUGGAUAAAGAGGCAGUGCCCGAAGAGCAAAAUGGUGCAGCCGAUGAAGCCAAUGCGGGGGAGGAUUAGUUUUUCUGACCUUAUGAUAGGCUGAAUCUGAAUCACAUUAGUGGGUGUAUACUUCUUAGCAGUAUGCCCCUUGUGCUCUCUUUCGUGAUGUCUCUAGAUGCAGAACUGCUGUGUACUUGGUAUCAUGAUGUAUGCAGUGACUCAUGUUUUCGUUCCAAACAUCGUCAGCUAUGCUAGCUCAAAUUAGAAACCUCUUCUUGGUGCUAUUUAAAUUACCACCUUUGGUGAAAUAUACUGUUUUUGGGUUAA